AUGGCACCGACGGACGUGCCGAAGAAGGAGCGCUCGCUGUCCUACCGCCUGCACGAUGCGCUCAACGUCCCGCUCGUCGGCGGCCUGGCGAUCAUGUGCAUCCUCGGCCUCCUCGGCCUGAUGGACGCGCACCUCAUCACCAAGAUCUUCAUCUCCUACAUCGCGGUGGACACGAUCUGGAUCGUGCUCUCGCCAUCCGCGGUGCCGAGGUUCGCGUGGGCCAUCGUCCUGCACCACGUGCUCACCUUCCUCAUCCUUCUCCACCCGCUUCGGUUCCCCGAGCACGCGAUAGAGACGUGCAGAGACGGCAUCGUGGAGCUCAACACCUUCUUCCUCAUCGCCAGACGGCAGCUCACGCGGGGCUCCCUCCUCAACCGGGCGUGCGACCUCAUGUACCACCUCACGCUGAGCAUCCGGUUCCUCUGGCAGCCGUACCUCAUCUAUCACUUCAGGAUCAUCACCCACAUGAACAGCACGGACAGGCCGGGGGGGUACACGUUCCGGGAGCACUACAUGGUGAUGGUCUCGCAGGUGCUCCUGUGCGUGUUCAACAUCCUCAUCGUGCUGCCGGGGCUGCUGCCGAAGAAGAAGAAGAAGGCGUGA